CCAUGCAAAUCCAUGCUAAUUCUAUGCAAAUCCGACCCCUCCCAGGCGACUUCUCUAUCACGGACCUGGAAGACGCCGCCGGGGGCAGAGGUGGAGGCCCAGGACCCCGGCCCGACGAGCCUGAGGCCGACGGCCCCGCCCCCCAGGCCCUGGUCCCCGCCCUCCUCGGGGCCGUGGCGGCCGCAGUCGCCGGCGCCGUCUCCAGCUUCGUCGCCUACCAGAGGAAGAAGCUCUGCUUCCGGGAGCGCGGCUCCGCCCCCGUCUAGGGCGUCGUCGUUUGUUCGCACCGAACUGCUAUGCAGCUGCCGAA